AUGCCGACGAUGAAAGAUGAAGCACCUAAUUCCCGAAUUCAAUGGGAAUCGUUGGAGGAGAGCCACAAUUGGAUUGACUCGAUCACUUUACCUGAGAUUCGAAAUAUCGAUGAGACUUGGCGAGAUUUAGUGCAGGAAAUUCAACGAAAAGCUCGCAAAAAUUUAGGGAAUAGAGAGGAAAAGUUGAACAACGAUAAGUUCAAAAAUGUUCCAACUCUCAAUGAAUGGAAAAGUCACUUUGAAAAGUUGUUUUCUGCAAAAACUCCAACUUUGCAACUGCCAGAACUAGCACCAGUUGAGAAUUUGGAGUUAAAAAUUGAAGAAGAAGACGUUGAGUUUUCACUGAAACAAAUGAAAACCGGAAAAGAGGCAGGUGUUGACGAUAUUCCCAUCGAUUUUUGGAAGCUCUUCCCCAGGGCAAUCAAAUUUCUAACCGAUUUUUUCAUUGCGAUACUUGAGAGCCGAAAAAUUCCGACUCAGUGGAAAAGGGCAUUUAUCAUGCCAAGAUACAAAGGAAUCGGUGAAACAAACGAUUGCGCUAUGUACCGACCGAUUCAACAUUUAUCGCACACUAGAAAGCUUUUCGAGAAGAUUUUCGAGAGAAAGUUGAGAUCACUCGGCAUUGGGACAACGGAAAAUCAGUGUGGACAUAAAAAAAAUCGUGGUGUAAAGGUGGCACAUCGAGGCUUGCGCUCUCUACUCGCCUCCUCUUCCCCAAUCCACAUGGCUUUUUUGGACAUCAAAAACGCGAACGACAGUGUCACACCAAAAUGCGUUUGGUGGGCACUGAGGAAGCAUUCAGUGCCUGAGAAUUACAUUGAUUUUCUCAAACUGAUGCUUGUUGACCAAAGCGCGCAAGUUUUUUCGAGGGACCAGCUCAGUGAUUCGUUUCCAAUUGAAACUGGUUUUCCCCAGGGAUCACCUUUAUCGAAUUUUCUCUUGGUUCUUGUGGUUGAUGCGAUUACACGAGAUUUUCAACGACCAUUCCCCUGGACUAUUCUUUAUUCGGACGAUAUUUUGUUGGCCGAUGAGACACGAGAAGGUCUGGAGUUUCAGUGCACGAACUGGGCACGUAGGCUUGCUGAAUUCGGUCUAAAAUUCAACGAAAAGAAGGGAAAAUAUUUGAAUACUGAAGACGGAACUGGGGAAGCACUCAAUUUGAGAAUUGAGAAUUGUACCAUUGACAGGGCAAAAUCGGUCGUAUAUUUGGGGAAAAUUUUCGAUGACACAUUGCCGACAAGUAAAAAGGAUAGAAGGAAA